AUGGGGACACCGUAACAGUUUUAUAGAGAUUCAAAGACUGGAUUAAGACCGUUCUACUUUCCCCACUUUCCUUCACGCGCUCGUGCUGACGUUUUUUUUUUCCCCCCCGAAAUGCUAUCGGAAGAUCGGAACCGGCGAGCCACCCCGGCGCGGCGUCGUCGAGGUGGAAGAGAGAACCACCGUCCGUGACGCGUGCAACGUGAUACGUGACGCGUCUCUAGGGACGGAGUCUCUUCUUAAUUACGCGACGGUCCGGACGCUCAUUCUGAUUUUGAGACGAACGCAAGGCUUUUAAGAUGGCUGCGAAAACGGACGACGCGGCGUCCAUCGACAAUCCCAACGACGGAGAGAGUCUAGACAAGGAGAUAUUGACAAUCGGCGGAAACGAUGGAAUCCGAAGGAGAAGGAUUCCGCCAACGUAUCUGUACAAUACGGGAUCGGAGCAGAGUACAGGGACCUCGGACCAGGAACAAACCGCUCGGAACCGCACUCCAGCCACGGAGGAUCAGUUAGGUCCGUUACCACCUAACUGGGAGAAGGCGUACACGGACACGGGAGAAGUUUAUUUCAUAGAUAAAUCAUGUUAUAGCCACAAUACCGGCACAUCUCACUGGCUGGACCCGCGUCUGUCGAAAUUUCAAAAGAGAUCGCUGGAGGAAUGCCUCGACGAUGAAUUACCCUACGGUUGGGAGAAAAUUGACGACACCCUGUACGGCACGUAUUUCAUCGAUCACGUGAAUCGUAGAACUCAAUACGAAAAUCCGGUGUUGCAAGCGAAAAGAGCGCAGCAGAACAUGCUCGAGAGGAAGAGUCCCAACUUUACUAGAAAUCCCGACAAGCUGAAGGGUCACAGGAUACGGACUACCUUAUUAAAGAGUUCGCGUGGCCUGGGAUUCACCAUUGUCGGCGGGGACGAUGCCGUGGAAGAAUUCCUCCAAAUCAAAAGCGUCGUGCCAAAUGGUCCAGCGUGGCUGGAUGGGAAGCUACAAACCGGGGACGUGUUGGUAUACGUUAAUGACACCUGUGUGCUUGGAUUCACGCAUAAUGAAAUGGUGAAUGUAUUCAAGUCAAUUGGUAGCGGCGAUACGGUAACCUUGGAAGUGUGCCGAGGUUACACGUUGCCUUUCGAUCCCAAUGAUCCUAAUACAGAAGUUGUGACCACGAUCGCCGUCAACGCGCCAGAAGAUCCUGCGAUGUACAUGGAUUUAAACUCGUCUCUUCAAGACAACGGACGUUUCAAUUUUUUGGACUCCACAUUCUUGCCGGUGCACAGUCUCCAGAAUGGUGAGAAUCUCGCCACGACGUCCGUCAAUUCGAUGCCCGAUCUUUGUAUUUCGGACAAAAUCAACACGAUAAAGAGACCGAGCAGCACGGAUAUUCUGCUGUCGGAAAGUAGCGAUUUGAACGAUUGUAAGGACUCAUCGGUGUCUUCCAAGCCAGAGUUUCUCAGCAUCGCCAUCGUAAAAGGAGCCAUGGGGUUUGGGUUUACGAUAGCGGACUCUGCACACGGCCAGAAGGUCAAAAAGAUUCUGGAUCGUCAGCGUUGUAAAAACUUGAUGGAGGGCGAUAUUCUGGUCAACAUAAACGACAUCAACGUUAGGAACAUGUGCCACUCAGAGGUGGUGCAAGUAUUGAAGGACUGCCCGCGUAACGAGGAAGCGUUGAUACACGUUCAGCGAACGACGACAAAGUCGAAGGAGAAAAAGGAGAAGACCGCGCAGGAUUUUUUCAGAAGCAAAACGCCCACCGCGGAUAUCUACAGCACCCAGUCGAAGACGGUAAUACCUAGCAGACCGAAAACACCAUUGAUCGACACCAGAAAUCGUUCCAAAUCACCGACUAGCGCGAGCAGAUCGAACUGGAGCGAGGUGCAGGGCGAAAAUGAAUUGAAUCCGCUAGAUAACCAUUAUAAGUACGCCGACUAUUCGCAUGGGAUGUACUACUCGGAUCCGUAUAAAGCUAACAUCACGGCCAAUUUGUCGGAGAAUUUUGCGGUGAUGAAUCUCGACGACGAUUCCAUUAGGAACGUUCCGAAGCGUGACUGGGUCACAAACGACAAGUUGAAUAUCAGUAACGACAUGUAUUCCAUCGACAUCUCUCAUCAUAACAAUAUGCUCAAGCAGAAUGGAUAUUUGCACUCCGAUUACUACAAGGAUGUCUAUCCAGUGCAAUCGCAUUCCCAGUACAAUGACGACUACAAUAUGUAUUCCAUUGGGCAGGAGCAGAAUGUUGACACCGGCGAGAUCUGGGAUAAGCGGAAAGAGACCACCAGUUUCGAGCACGAACAGCCACAUUCCAGUUCCAUAUCUCGAUAUCCUCAAUACACGAACGAAUUGGUGUGUCCAAUGGUGCCCGACAUAGAAUGGAUAGAAACUUUAGUGACUUUAGUCAGACAAGACACUGGAUUUGGAUUUAGAAUAGUUGGUGGUACGGAAGAAGGAUCUCAGCAGGUUUCGGUCGGUCAUAUUGUUCCUGGUGGAGCGGCCGAUCUUGACAACAGACUCAGCACCGGCGAUCUAAUCAUGUCUGUCGACGGAGAGAGCGUCAUGAAUUCUUCUCAUCAUCAUGUAGUGCAACUAAUGAUAGCGGCAGCACAAAACGGUCGAGUAACUCUGGGAAUACGACGUCGGAUCAACACGCAGGAGCAUCUUCAAGAGAACCUUCAGUCGUCUUACGGCCGACAAAUGAAUCUUCAAUAUCCGUAUGACGUUACUGUCACUCGAAUGGAAAACGAGGGAUUCGGUUUCGUAAUAAUCUCGUCUGUCAACAAAGCCGGCUCCACGAUCGGCAGAAUAAUCGAAGGCUCGCCCGCUGAAAGAUGCGGAAGAUUAAACGUCGGAGACCACAUUCUCGCUGUCAAUCAUAUAGAUAUCACAAACGUUUGCCACAAGGAUAUCGUCAAUUUAAUUAAAGAUUCUGGUUAUUCUGUCACAUUGACGAUUGGAUAUCCGUUGGACGAUUGCUGUAGCAAUACAUCUCUUUCUCAAAAGGACGAGCCUACAGGAGAUGGAGAUGGGGGCCAGUACCAUGCUGUAGAGUUGACUCGGGGUACCCGAGGUUUUGGCUUCAGCAUACGUGGUGGCCGUGAAUUUCAAAACAUGCCGUUAUUUGUCUUGCAAAUCGCAGAGAACGGCCCGGCAUCUAUCGAUAAUCGGCUUAGAAUUGGUGAUCAAAUAAUCGAAAUAAACGGUAUUAAUACCAAAAAUAUGACGCAUACAGAAGCGAUUGAGAUUAUACGUAACGGUGGACCAUCUGUUCGUCUGUUAGUGCGACGCGGCUGCCAGAUGCCUUCAGUGAGUAAUCUCACAAUCGACCAAAUAAGUAUUCGACCGAACCACGAGGGCACCCCGUGCAGGCAUUUAUCGAAAUUACCCGAGAAGGGUGUGCCCCGCAAAAAACGUCAAAAAGUUCGAUUUUCCAUUUCAUUGAACUGCUGCUCAUCCAAAAACAGAUAUUUGUAACGAGCGCUUUCGGCGUUUUCAUGCUUCUCGGACGAUACGAGAUAAGCUAAUAUUUCGUAAGAUCGAGAAUUUAUUCCUUUACGGAAAGAGCGAUUUUCACGGCAUUUAUGAAAUACGUUUAAGCAUAGACUUCUCGUUUCUUCUUGUUUUUUUUUCUUUUUAAGAGAAGCAAACUGUUUAAUUUAUACAAAUGCGAAUAGUAAAUCACCAAUGACUUACGCUGUGUGAAAGUACAUAUAUAGAAAAUAGCGCGAUAAUGCGUCAAAAGUGUAAAAUUGCGGACACUACUUGCUGACGCAAGCAGCAUUGAUACACAUAAAGAAUCUCAGAAUUCGAUAUCUUAUAUCAUGUAGAAAUGACAAACAGCUGUAUGCCCAUACGCUGUAAGGUGAUACUGUAGACUGGCGUUUAUAAUAAUAUAAAUUUAUUAUUCGUCUGCUCUUCUCAAUAAUGUUUCAAAGUGUAGACUUUUAAAAUUUAGGCUCCUAUCAUAUACAUAUAUAUAUAUAGACACCACUUUGUAAAUCUUUUUUUUAGAUAGCGACAUAAUUGUGGCCUUGACGAUAAAGUGUUACGCCUUUUGAAAGCACAUAAAGAGAUCUCGCGUGAGAGAGUUAGUAAUUGUUUAAUUGUUCUCGUAACGCGAGACUCUACCGUUUUCGGAUUAUGAUAAAAAUUUAAACUCAUUCAUCAUCGAUGUCUUGUCUCCCCUUUUUUCCUAAGUAUUUAUUACCAGUUAUAUGAAAUGUAUAUGUAUGUCAGAGUAAUUAUGUAUAAAAUUAAGGACUCAUACAACCAAAGAAGUGAAUGCACUUAUCAGCCAUUUUGUUUUGAGAUUGAGUGGUGGAAGAUCGAUAUGAUAGAAUUUAUUAUUGUAAUAAUUAAUCAAUCUCUUUUUCGGGCGAUAAUUAUUCUCGCGCCCGUGAUUAAUCCACGUUGUUUCUAUCGAUGAAUCAUGCAUAACAAAAUUAUGAUGGAGAACGAAUUUGACAGAAGUUUUUCUUCAUUCUUCCUGUCUUUUUUCGAUGUUUAUGAAAGUUACAUGGUUGAAAGAGUAACGUAUAUAUUUUUUUACUUGUAAAAUAGUGAGAGAUGGCAGAUGUUGUUCGGCACGAUGUAUUAAUGAGACAAAUGAUGAAAAAAAAAA